AUGUCCCAGACACCCAAGCCCCGGUUACUGCCCAGCAUCGCAGAGGAGGCCCACUGUGGAACACACCUGCAGCCGUUGCAGCUCUUCUGUGACAAUGACCAAGUCACAGUUUGCAGCAAAUGUGUCCAGGCUCCCGAACACAAACAGCAUUCGGUAUAUGGGCUACAAGAGGCUGCUGAGUAUUACAGGAAGUUAUUCCAGGAAACACUGGUUAUACUGCGGGAGAAGCUGGAAGUAGUUAAAAGCUUACUGGCUGAUGAACAAGAGAGACUGGUAAUGCUUCAGGAAGAAGAGCAGAGGUUUAAAGAGAUGAUCAGGGCUGAGUAUAAGAUGAGAUUCCUGUUACUGGCUGAAGAGAUGGAGCGGUCCUUUCUGAGACUGUCAGCCUGCACAUUUGACCUGGAUGUGAAGGAACCUCAUCAGAACCUACUGAGGAAGUUGAAUGCUGAGUUCAGUCACAAGUCCCAGGAAAUGCUACAGAAACUUAGCCACCUGGGGAGAAAGAACAAGAGCAAACUGAAGGCGAACGCAGUCUGGGUUCGGAAGCACCUCUGCAUCCUCCAGAAGACCAUUACGGAACUGGAGAAGAAGUGUGGGGAACCUGCUGGAGCAUUGCUCCAGGAUGCAAAGCGCUGGUUAGAAAGGAGUGAGUCUCUGCUGCUUCAGAACCUAAAGCCAGCUCAGAUCACAGACCUGAGCUCAUCCCUGGUGAUAAGGAUGGACAAAUCACUGCUGAGGCUACAAAGACAUGUAACUUUGGACCCAGACACCGCUCAUCCUUCCCUCGUCUUAUCUGAGGACUUGAGAAGCGUGGGAUUUGGAGCUAUACCACAGAGGUUGUGGGACACUCCAGGGAGAUUGGACUUCAGUGCUUCCGUGUUGGGUGCAGGGAGCUUCAGCUCAGGGAGGCAUUAUUGGGAGGUAUCUGUGGGACAGGCAACGCAGUGGCAGUUGGGCAUAUGUGACUGUACAGAGAGAAAGAACAACGUACCCCAGGCUUCUGGAGAUAAGUACCUACUCCUGGGGUCCAUGAUGGGGGCAGAGUACACCUUCUGGGUCUUUCCCCCUUUAAGAAAGGUCUCUCUGAGAAAGCAAAUGUACAACGUUGGAGUCUUUGUUGACUGUGGCUGUGGCCAAGUAUCGUUCUACAAUGUGACAGAGCAAUCCCUCAUUUAUAGUUUCUUUGACCUUACCUUCCAAGGAACAGUUAAACCUAUAUUUUCUCUUUGUAUUCCAACUGGAGACAUGAAUGCAGAUUCUCUUACUGUCUGUCUCCCUCAAAUGCAUGCCUGA